GAAUCCUACGCGUGUUGACCCGUUUACUUCGGAUUGCUGAAGUCUUCACACCACACAAUUUCCAUCCUCCCUUCUCUACUCUCUGCUCUUUGUUUGCCUUUGCUGAACACCAUGGCAGUUGUUGGAGAGGCUUUUCUUUCCGCUGCCUUUGGCUCGUUGUUUGACAAGUUGCGUUGCUCUGAUCUGAUUAAGCUCGCACGGCAGGAGGAUGUCCACACCGACCUCAAGAAAUGGGAGAAGCAGUUGCAGAGCAUCCGGCAAGAGAUCAACGACGCGGAGAAGAAGCAGAUCACACAGGAGGCUGUCAAAUCAUGGCUGUUUGAUAUGACGGUUUUGGGAUAUGACAUGGAGGAUAUCUUGGACGAGUUUGCUUACGAAUUGACGAGAAGAAAGCUGAUGGGAGCGGAAGCUGAAGAAGCCAGCACAACCAAAGUACGCAAGUUCAUUCCUAGUUGCUGUACUAGUUUCAAUCCAACUCAUGUGGUGCGUAAUGUCGAGACGGGAUCCAAGAUUAGAGAUAUCACCAGCACAUUACAAGAUAUUUCGGCCAGAAAAGCUGGACUUGGCCUAGAGAAGGUGACAGCAGCAGCAGCUACUUCCGCUUGGCAAAGAUCGCCACCCACUAGACCUAUAGCGUACGAACCUGGGGUUUAUGGCACGGAAGAGGAUAAAAAAGUGAUCCUCGAUUUACUGGGCAAGGUUGAGCCCUAUGAAAACGAUGUCGGCUUCAUUUCCAUUAUUGGAAUGGGUGGGGUGGGAAAGAACGCUCGCGCAGUUUGCUUUGGUGAAAUAUGCUUUUGUUUGGAAGAUAACUUGGAAAGUAAUCGACAAUCCACAAUUUCUAAAGAGACUCGUCAUUCAUCAUUCAUUCUUGGAAAAUUCGAUGUGUUCAAGAAAUUUGAAGCCUUCAAGAGUUUGAACAUUUACGGACAUUUGUGGCUCUACCAAUUCAUGGUACGUUUACAGAAUCUUUUGUAACUAGUUUGGUGUGUGAUCAUUUGGUGCCAAAAUCUCGACAGUUAAGAGUCCUCUCUUUGAGUGAAUGUAUGAUAUUUGAGCUACCAGAUUUUAUUGGUGGAUUAAAACAUCUGCGUUAUUUGAAUUUGUCUUUCACCCAAAUCAAAUUAUUGCCAGAUUCAGUGACCAACCUCUAUUAUUUACAAACAUUGAUACUAUCCAAUUGUGAGCAUCUUACGAAAUUUAAUUAGCCUUAGACAUCUCAAUGUUGUUGGUUGUUCAUUGCAAGAGAUGCCACAGCAAAUAGGCAAAUUAAAGAAAUUGCAAACAUUGUCUGAUUUUCUUGUGGGCAAAAACGGAUUUGCAUAUCACUACCUUCCGUUGGGCAACUACACUUCCUCAAGAAGUUAGUCAUCAAAAGAAUGGAUGGAGUGAAAAGUGUGGGGCUGGAGUUUGAGGGCCAAGUUUCUCUUCAUGCUAAGCCUUUCCAAUGCUUAGAGUCUUUGUGGUUUGACGACAUGAAGGAAUGGGAAGAGUGGUGUUGGUCAACAAAGUCAUUUUCUCGCCUCCGUCAGUUGGAGAUAAAAAAUUGUCCAAGAUUGAUUAAGAAAUUACCCACACACCCAACUUCUCUAGUAAAGCUCAGUAUUGAGAAUUGUCCAGAAAUGAUGGUUCCACUUCCAACAUACUUGCCUUCUCUUGAAGAGCUCAAUAUCUAUUAUUGCCCAGAAAUGACGCCACAAUUUACAACCAUGAAUUUCUCAUUAUGCUACUGAGGGGAGCUCAAUAUCAGGGCUUUCCAGACUUCAGCCGGAGUUUAUGCAGUCCCUGCUGAGGCUUCAACUUCCAGAAAUUGACAAUUCUGGUCAGUUGCAAUGUUUGUGGAAGGAUGGUUUGGGAAUAGGAAACCUCUCUGGUCUUCGAAUAUUGGGUUGUAUAAACGACUUGUAUCCUUUGGAGAGGAGGAAGAGCAAGGGCUGCCUUACAAUCUUCAGCGUUUGGAAAUAUGGAUGUGUGAUAAGUUGGAGAGGCUUCCACAUGGAUUACGAAGCUAUACAUCUCUUGCAGAGUUGAUCAUCGAGGAUUGCCCAAAACUGGUGUCAUUUCCAGAGAUGGGUUUCCCGCUCAUGCUUAGAGGUCUUGCUCUUUCUAAUUGUGAAAGUCUAAGUAGUCUACUUGAUAGGAUGAUGAUGAGAAACAGCAGCAACAAUGUGUGUCACCUUGAAUACUUGGAGAUAGAGGAGUGUCCAUCUCUUAUUUGCUUUCCAAAAGGGCGGUUACCCACCACCCUUAGGCGACUAUUCAUAUCCCAUUGUGAAAAUCUAGUGUCUCUUCCAGAAGACAUCGACGUGUGUUCCCUUGAAUAGUUAAUUAUAAAGAGUUGUCCAUCUCUCAUUGGUUUUCCAAAAGGAUAGUGGGCUGUAAAAAGCUAGUCUCUGAAAGUUUGUAUCAGGAAGAUGAAAAUCUAGUUUCUGUAUAUUAAGAGGAAGAAAUUACAUGUCAUGGAGAGGUUCUCUAUUCUGCUAUUUAUAUUUUCUACUGUAACAAACUACGUUACCAAACUCUAACUACUUGCACAGUUCAAACUACAUUACCAGAUUCCCAACUACUUGCACAGUUCUUGAGUGAUCUUGGUUUUGUUGAGUUCUGUUGCUGGUGCAGUGGUCUAUCAGUCUCUACCAGAAGGAAUAGUGUAUCACCAUUCCAACAACACAACCAAUUGCGGUCUUCAAAUCUUGGAUACCUUUCAAGGUUCAUCUCUCGCAUCCUUUUCUACUGGCAAGUUUCCCUCUACCCGUAAAUCUAUUACGAUGGAUAAUUGUGCACAGUUGCAGCCAAUUUCAGAGGAGAUGUUUCACUGUAAUAAUAAUGCACUUGAAGAGUUGUUCAUCUCGAGAGUCCCUAAUCUCAAAAUCAUACCAGAUUGCUUCUACAACCUCAAAGAUCUUCGGAUUGAAAAAUGUGAGAAUCUGGACUUGCAGCCUCAUCUAUUGUGAAACCUCACUUCUCUUGCAUCACUUCAGAUCACUAAUUGUCAGAAUAUCAAAGUGCCCUUAUCAGAAUGGGGCCUUGCCAGGUUGACCUCUCUUACAACUCUUACUAUUGGUGGCAUAUUUCCGGAAGCCACCUCCUUUUCUAAUCACCACCACCACUUGUUUCUUCUUCCUACUACUCUAGUUGAGCUUUGCAUUUCAAGUUUCCAGAAUCUGGAAUCCUUGGCCUUCCUGUCUCUCCAAACGCUCACCUCUCUUAGAAAGCUAUAUGUCUUCCAAUGUCCUAAGCUCCAGUCGUUUAUACCAAGGGAUGGGCUGGCUGACAUGCUUUCAGAAGUGUAUAUAAGAGACUGCCCACUCCUAAUUCAAAGGUGCUCCAAAGAGAAAGGGGAAGAUUGGCUCAAGUUUGCCCACAUCCCGUGUGUGAAAAUUGAUGGCAAAUUGAUCCUUGAGGAAUAAGAAGUUGGGAUUGCAGCAAAAUGAACGCAGAGACCACCACUAUAUAUAAAUGCUUGUUGAAACUCAUCCAAUGGAAAACAUUCUCCUUCACCAAUGACUGGUUGCUAUCCAUGCCUGUCAUUAGAUUGCAUAUCUACGCAACACACAUAGGCUAUUAAUUCCCUUUCUAUUAGAAUCAAGGUGUGAAGGAGAAGAUAAUGCAAAUGGAAUCCAAUUCUCUAACCACAGGGUCAGCCAGUUAAAACGUGGGAGGGAGAGCUUGAAUCAAAUUAAGCCAACUCCUUGCAAAAGAUGAAUUCUGGCUAAGAAACCUCACCACUCACAAGUUCUUUCUUAUCCAAGAAUUCUACAGCAGCCAUUAUGUGAUAAUAAGCAGAGCUCUGUCUUGCUUCAGUUCAAGCAGAGCUUUCUGAUUGAUCAGCAUGCUUCUGAUGAUCCUUCUGCUUCUCCAAAAGUUGCAGCUUGGAAAUGUGAAUGUGAAGGUAGUGAUUGCUGCUCAUGGGAUGUUGUAGAGUGUGACAGGGACACUGGCCAUGUGAUCGGCCUUAACCUUGGCAGCACCUGCCUCUAUGGUUCUACCAACUCCAGGAGCGCCCUCUUCCACCUUGUGCAUCUUCACGGGCUUGAUCUCUCUGAUAAUGAUUUCAGUUACUUUAAGAUCCUAUCUGGAGUUGUCCAGCUUUUGAGUCUAAGAAGUCUAAACCACUUGUCUUCCAGAUUCUCCAGCCAAAUCCCAUUGGAGCUCUUAGUGCUGUCUAAACUGGUUGUCCUUGAUCUCUCACAAAAUCCAUUGAAGCGCUAGUAACCCAACCUGGCUUCUGAUGCAGGGGUGAGAAGCAUUUCCUUGUUGUAGCAUUGGGAAGCUGGUUGUAGCAUUCCUGGUGAACGGUGAUUUCUCCUGUCAAUUUGAUAUAUGCUGGAAAUAUGAUAGGGUGAUGAAGGCCAAGAAACCACUUCGGUGUUGGUUUGGAGAUCAAUCACUGAAAGGUUCAGAUGAUUUCUUUUUCUAGUUUCUUCCAAUUUAGGGUAGAUUAAGAGGUAUCCUUAUGGUAGCAAAUUCUUCUGACCUAAAGCUUAAGUGAUCCUUUGGUGAAACAAAACAUAAUCCAGGAACAUUCCCUCCUGCAGUCACUGUUGCUAGCCUUCAGGAAGCUGACAGCAUUUACAGAAAUAAAUAAAUGGUACCCUGCUUUCCAUAGCAAUUAUGUUAGACUAAGAUUUUUUCAUUGACUUCUACGGGUGGCUUAUGCUGAGAAGUAAAAGUCAUUAGUCAGGGCAGGUUCCUUAUUGGAGUUUCUGUGAAGGAUGGAUAGACCUGAACUUGAGCAUUUUUGACUGAAGAUGAUGAAUCGAGACUGGAAUCUACUUCCAUUUUUGACAACCUGAGAAGCUCUUUGUUUGCCUUUGCUGAACACCAUGGAAGUUGUUGGAGAGGCUCUUCUUUCCGCUGCCUUUGGCUCGUUGUUUGACAAGUUGGGUUCCUCUGAUCUGAUUAAGUUCGCACGGCAGGAGGAUGCCCACACCGAGCUCGAGAAAUGGGAGAAGGAGUUGCAGAGCAUCCGGCAAGAGCUCAACGACGCGGAGGAGAAGCAGAUCACACAGGAGGCUGUCAAAUCAUGGCUGUUCGAUCUGAGGGUUUUGGCGUAUGAUAUGGAUGACAUCUUGGACGAGUUUGCUUACGAAUUGAUGAGAACAAAGCUGAUGGGGGCGGAAGCUGAUGAAGCCAGCUCAAGCAAGAAACGCAAGUUCAUUCCUACUUUCUCUACUAGUUUCAGUCCAACUCAUGUUGUGCGUGAUGUUAAGUUGGGGCCCAAGAUUAGAGAGAUCACCAGCAGAUUACAACAUAUUUCAGCUAGAAAAGCUGGACUUGGCCUGGAACAGGCGGCAGGAGGAGCUACUUCUGCUUGGCAAAGGCCACCACCCACUACACCUAUAGCAUACGAACCUGGGGUUUAUGGCAGGGAUGAAGAUAAAAAAGUGCUUCUUGAUUUGCUGCGCAAGGUUGAGCCCAAUGAAACCAAUGUUGGCGUCAUUUCCAUUGUUGGCAUGGGCGGGCUGGGCAAGACAACGCUUGCACGGCUGGUUUACAAUGAUGAAAUGGCCAAAAAAUUUGAUCUAAAAGCGUGGGUUUGUGUAUCUGAUGUGUUCGAUGUGGAGAAUAUAACAAAAGCAAUUCUCAAUUCGGUGGUAAGUUCUGAUGCAAGCGGCUCGUUGGACUUCCAACAAGUUCAAAAGAAAUUGACAGACGCAUUGACAGGGAAAAAGUUUUUACUCAUUCUAGACGAUGUGUGGAACGAAGAUUCUGGUAAUUGGAACAGCUUGCGCGCCCCUUUUAGUGUAGGGGCAAAAGGAAGCAAAGUCAUGAUCACAACACGCAAUAAAGGAGUUGCAUUCAUGAUGGGAGCUGAGAAGAAUGUUUAUGAACUAAAAACUUUAUCAGAAGAUGCUUGCUGGUCAGUGUUUGAGAAGCAUGCGUUUGAACAUAGAAAUAUCGAUGAACAUCCAAACCUGGUGUCUAUUGGUAGGAAAAUUGUCAACAAGUGUGGCGGAUUGCCACUGGCGGCAACAACGCUUGGUGGCCUUUUACGCUCUAAACGAAGGGAAGAUGAAUGGGAAAAAAUAUUAAAUAGUAAAAUAUGGGGAUGGUCAGGCACAGAACCUGAGAUUCUCCCUGCGUUGCGAUUGAGUUAUCACUAUCUCCCUUCACAUUUGAAGAGGUGUUUUGCUUACUGUGCAAUGUUCCCCAAGGACUAUGAGUUCGACUCCAAAAAUUUGGUCCUUCUGUGGAUGGCCGAAGGUUUGAUUCAACAGCCAAAAGGUGGUAGACAUACAAUGGAAGAUUUAGGCGAUGACUAUUUUUCGAGUUAUUGUCAAGAUCAUUCUUUCAAUCAUCGAGUAAUCAUGAAUCACAUUUUGUGAUGCAUGAUCUUAUUCAUGACCUAGCUCAAGGUGUUGCUGGAGAAAUAUGUUUUUGUUUGGAAGAUGAGUUGGAGUGUAGCCGGCAAUCCACAAUUUCCAAAGAGACUCGUCAUUCAUCAUUUGUUCGUAGAGAUGGGGAUGUGCUAAAAAAAUUUGAAGCUUUUCAAGAGGUAAAGCAUUUACGGACAUUUGUUGCUUUAAAUAUUCAUUGGGCGUCUACAAAAUCUUAUGUAACUAGUUUAGGGUGUAAUCAUCUAGUGCCAAAAUUUCAACGACUAAGAGUUCUCUCUCUGAGUCAAUACAAUAUAUUUGAGCUACCAGAUUCUAUUUGUGGAUUGAUACAUCUACGCUAUUUGAAUCUGUCCUACACCAAAAUAAGAUCUUUGCCUGACUCAGUGGGCAAUCUCUAUAAUUUACAAACAUUGAUGUUAUCCUUUUGUAUGCAUCUUACGAGGUUACCUCCCAACAUUGGAAACUUAAUUAAUCUUCGACAUCUCAGUGUUGUUGGAUGUUCAUUGCAAGAGAUGCCACAACAAAUAGGCAAAUUAAAGAACCUGCAAACAUUGUCUGAUUUUAUUGUGGGCAAAAGUGGAUUUUUGGGAAUAAAGGAGUUGAAGCAUUUGUCACAUCUCCGAGGGAAGAUUCGUAUUUCACAAUUGAAAAAUGUGGUGAAUAUUCAAGAUGCCAUAGAUGCCAAUCUAAGGACUAAGCUCAAUGUUGAAGAGUUGAUUAUGCAUUGGAGUAAAGAGUUCGAUGAUUUGCGAAAUGAAGACACCAAAAUGGAAGUCCUUCUCUUUCUACAACCUCAUACUAGUUUGAAGAAACUCAAUAUUGAAGGUUUCGGUGGUCGGCAAUUCCCCAAAUGGAUAUGUGAUCCCUCUUACUUUAAAUUGGUGGAGUUAAGUCUUUAUGGUUGUAUAAGGUGCACAUCACUGCCUUCAGUUGGGCAACUACCCUUCCUCAAGAGGUUAUUCAUCGAAGGAAUGGAUGGAGUGAGAAGAGUGGGGUUGGAGUUUGAGGGGCAGGUUUCUCUUUAUGCUAAGCCUUUCCAAUGCUUGGAGUCUUUAUGUUUUGAAAAUAUGAAGGAAUGGAAAGAGUGGUCAUGGUCAAGAGAGUCAUUCUCUCGCCUCCUGCAGUUGGAGAUAAAAGAUUGUCCAAGACUGAGUAAGAAAUUACCCACUCACCUAACUUCUCUAGUAAGACUUGAAAUUAACAAUUGCCCAGAAACGAUGGUUCCACUUCCAACACAUCUGCCUUCUCUUAAAGAGCUCAAUAUUUAUUAUUGCCCAAAAAUGAUGCCUCUGUGGUCCUCUUUUGCAUUUGACCCUUUUACAUCAGUGAAGAGAGGGAGUAGAAGUGCAACUGACAUCACCUCAGGUAUUUAUUUAAGAAUUAAUGGAAUGUCAGGGCUUUUUAGACUUGAGCAAAAGUUUUUGCGGUCUUUGCCAAGGCUUCAACUACUGGAAAUUGACAAUUCUGGUGCGCUGGAAUGUUUGUGGGAAAAUGGGUUGGGAUUAGGAAACCUUGCUAGUCUUCGAGUAUCGGGUUGUAACCAACUUGUAUCCUUGGGAGAGGAGGAAGUGCAAGGGCUGCCUUGCAAUAUUCAAUAUUUGGAGAUAUGUAAGUGUGAUAACUUGGAGAAGUUUCCACAUGGAUUACAAAGCUAUGCAUCUCUUACAGAGUUGAUUAUCAAGGAUUGUUCAAAAUUGGUGUCAUUUCCAGACAAGGGUUUCCCGCUCAUGCUUAGACGUCUUACUAUUUCUAAUUGUCAGAGUCUAAGUAGCCUACCUGAUAGCAGUAAUUGCUGCAGCAGCGUGUGUGCCCUUGAAUACUUGAAAAUAGAGGAGUGUCCUUCUCUCAUUUGCUUUCCAAAAGGGCAGUUACCCACCACCCUUAAGGAACUGUAUAUAUCCGUUUGUAAAAAUCUAAAGUCUCUUCCAGAAGACAUCGAGGUUUGUGCCCUUGAACACAUAGAUAUAAGGUGGUGUUCGUCUCUCAUUGGUUUUCCAAAAGGAAAGCUACCAUCAACUCUCAAGAAUCUCACGAUAGGAGGGUGUAAAAAGCUAGAGUCUUUACCAGAGGGAAUAAUGCAUCACCAUUCCAACAACACAACCAAUUGUGGUCUUCAAUUCUUGGAUAUCUCGAAAUGUCCAUCUCUCACAUCCUUCCCUAGAGGCAGAUUUCUCUCUACCCUUAAAUCUAUUACGAUUUGUGAUUGUGCACAGCUGCAGCCAAUUUUGGAGGAGAUGUUUCACCGCAAUAAUAAUGCACUUGAAGUUUUGUCCAUCUGGGGAUAUCCCAAUCUCAAAACUAUACCAGAUUGCCUCUACAACCUCAAACAUCUUCAGAUCAGAAAAUGUGAGAAUCUGGAGUUGCAGCCUUGUCAAUUGCAAAGCCUCACUUCUCUCACAUCACUUGAGAUGACUGAUUGUGAGAAUAUCAAGACCAUACCAGAUUGCUUCUACAACCUCAAAGAUCUUCGGAUCUAUAAAUGUGAGAAUCUGGAGUUGCAGCCUCAUCAAUUGCAAAGCCUCACUUCUCUUACAACACUCGAGAUCAUUAAUUGUGAGAAUAUCAAGACACCCUUAUCAGAAUGGGGCCUUGCCAGAUUGACCUCCCUUAAAACUCUCAUCAUUUCUGAUUAUCACCACCACCACCACCACCACCCAUUCCUUCUUCCUACUACUCUAGUUGAGCUUUGCAUUUCAAGCUUCAAGAAUCUGGACUCCUUGGCCUUCCUAUCUCUCCAAAGGCUCACCUCUCUUAAAAGUCUAUGUAUCUCCCGAUGUCCUAAUCUCCAGUCGUUUUUGCCAAGGAAGGGCUGUCUGACACGCUUUCAGAACUAUCUAUAAAUGGUUGCCCACUCCUGAUUCAAAGGUGCUUAAAAGAGAAAGGGGAAGAUUGGCCUAAGAUUGCCCACAUCCCCUAUGUGAAAAUAGAUGGCCAAUUGAUCUUUGAGCAAUAAAAAGUUGAGAUUGCAGCAAAAUGAAUGCAAAGACCAUUCCACUAUAUCCUCUCCUUAUGUGCCACUAUUCGUAGUUAUGGAGAUGUGAUAAAUAUGUAGAUUUGGCUAUUUCAUCUUCACUUGAUGUGAAGGUGAAAAUAAUGCAAAUGGAAUCCAAUUCUCUAACCACAGGGUCAGCCAGUUAAAGAUUGGCUUUUGCUCUAAAAUAUCGAUUCUUCAUUUUGGUCUCCUUCACAGUCAAUGUAAUCAUCACUAUUUCUACAUCUUUGUUAUCUUUGUAAAUAAUUUUCUGGCUCGAAUUGUAUAACAUACUUAUUCAAGUCAGAGUUGCAGAAGUCCUGGCCCACAAAUUACCAUCUCAUGUGGACUCGGGAGAAAGGAAAUCCGCACGUUGAAAUACAGUGAGCUAGGCUAAUUCUUACAUAUUCAAAACCUUUUUAUUUGUAAAGUAUAUUCUGAUGGCAUUUCAAUAUUUAUGUAUUCAUUUCAUUUUAUUUUAAAUUUUUAAGUAGAUUCAGGGGUCAAAAUAGUUACCAUUGGCUUCAGAAUUGAACUUCAACUUCUGAGGAGCAUUCCCUUGUUGUAACACAAAAUGCUUUUGGAAGCUGGUUAUAGAAUUCCUGGGGAAUGGUGAUUUUCCCUAUUAAUUUGAUACACUUUUUGACUCAUUCUCCAGCAUAUUAUUGGAGAACCUAUUUUUUCCCCUCAAUCAAUUACUUCUAGGAAGAUUUUAACUCAAGUUGUUGCAUAGUUUCAUUUGAAAAAAUUGUCAAAUCCUCGUUUAUGUGAAGUUAUGGAUCUUUAAUUACUGUUUUGCAGACCCCUAAUAUUAGGAUUUCUCUUUAAAUCCUUGAACCCAGUGUACCAUCUCAAACAUUUUACCGAUGAAUGCUGGAAAUAGGAUAGGCUGAUGAAGGCCAAAGAACCAAUUUGGGGUAGAUUUGGAGAUCAAUCACUCAAUGGUUCAGAUGAUUUCUUUUUCUAGUUUCAUUUGAUUUAGAGUAGAUUCAGAGGCUAUACCCAUAGUAAUAAAUACACAGUACCCUGCUUUUCAUGGUGAUCAUGUUAGACUAAGAUUUUUUAUCAAUCUCUACAUGUGGCUUAUGCCAAGAAGUGAAAGCCAUUACUCAUGGCAGGUUCCGUUCUGGGGCUUGUGAAGGAUGGAUGGACCUGAACUUAAGCAUUUUUUACUGAAGAUGAUGAAUGGAGACUUGAAUCUGCCCUAUUUCACCAAGCAACAGCAUAAAAAAUUAUGUAAGAUCAUGCUUUUGGAAGCUCCUCCAACCCAAAAUUUUGAGUGCUUCAUCUGUAUGUAUCAUCUGUGAACUCCUGAACAGUUUGUUAUAAGAUAUGCCUAUCCUAGAGUUCUAUCAGAUGGGUGGAAAGCUAAUUACAAAGAAAUAUGGACGGGUUUUCACAUGUAUGGUUACAUCAUGUCAGUUCAAUUGGCCAACAAAUGACCCAAUAGUCCAGAGGAAGCUCAUUGCUGGCAAUGAAAAUGGAAGAGAGCAUCAAUAGAAGUUUUGAUGGACUUGAAUGAAGUUCAAAAAACUUGAGGACCAGAUCAUCAGUAGAACUUCUGGGAAGCGCAUAUCAACCAUGCUCCACAAGUGAAACAUUACUUGUCCGAUGAUGUUUCAAGAUUUCAGACUCAAGGCAUUGCUGGAGUAUUGAGGAUCAUUCAUUGAAUUCUGAAUGUAAGACACAAGCAAGUUUUGUUUACACAGGUUAAUGUUGAUAAAUUUUCAUAGUAGGGUAGUUGAGAUCAUGGUUCCUGAAUAUGUUGUUCAUUGUAUUCAUCUCGAGUGACUGAACAAGGGUACCUUUUAUCGUUGAGAAAUGCAUAUCCAGA